UGAGAAACUUUACUCACCAGCUGCCAUUUUGAAAAGUUCGCUUUCGACCUCUGACCUUCGCCCUAUGACGCAUGCGUGUUGCGUAAGUCAGAAGGACGUCUGUCUGGUGAGACGACAGGAGGAGAAUCUGGUGAUGGCGAAGUACCUUGUGCAGGCAGUAGUGUUAGGAGCUCAGGUGGUGGGACGAGCCUUCAGUAAAGCCCUGAGACAGGAGUUCCAGAAUGCUCAACGAGCCCAGCAAGCUGCGGGGGGAGGCAGACAGGGUGCCAAGAGAGCAGCCAGUGAUAGCAUGAUGGGGAUUUCUCUACAGGAAGCGAAACAGAUACUGAAUGUUGACAAACUGGACAAAGAACUUGUUGAAAAGAACUACACGCACCUUUUUGAUGUCAAUGACAAGAAAAAGGGAGGAUCAUUCUACUUGCAAUCAAAGGUGUAUAGAGCAAAGGAGAGACUAGAUGAAGAGCUGAGACAAGAAGAAGUCAAGUCGGAAAAGAAACAGAAAGAAGACUCUGCAUCAUGACAUGGUGGGCAUCACAGGGGUCAUCAUCAGACAGAGAAGGGAUAGAAGUGGAAAUGACGUGGAGAUGUGUUACUGUACCUUGUGGGACACUUGAUUUUCUGCAGCUUGGACUGAAUAGGAUGUUGAGUGUCUUUUACAAGUUGAAUCUUGUGUAUAUAUAUUAUAAUUCAAGGCUCACGAUGAUGUACAUAACUGUAGAUUGUACAUGUGCAAAGCUCCAUAAAUAGCUACAAAUUUCAUUUAGGUUGCCCCUGCUUUGCUACCCAACAUUGGCAGGUACCACAAAGCAUUCUGGCAAUGAAGUUCCCCAGUUGGUUGAAGAGAUGUGAAAUCUUGGUUUUACCCAGUUGCCAAAGUAAUUUGAGUUGUUUUUAAGAUACCUUGGCCAGGGAAUGUCCCGCUUA